GAGGUUUGAACUUUUACACACUGGAAUUCUAUUCUCUCGCACUAUGGCGAACCUUUUUCUACGCAUGUAGCAUUUGAGAGAAGCACGAUUAGAUAUAUUGGUAACAACAAACACUGCAUGUACGUGAUGAUGAAGCGAGUGAUGUAACGUCCAGAAAUGUUGGCUUGUUACUUCAGACAACAAGUUCAUGGCCGACUCUGUGUGCGAAUUCUGCACUCAAGAUGUGGAUUAUGGAAACCUAAGGGAGAUACCCAAGUUGCCACCCCUUAUAAAUUAGGAAGCAUUUAUCAAGAUAUCUCUCAGACUUUUAAUUUUUAUCCAAAUUCAUCUUUUCUACAUAAGUCACAGUUACAGCUUCCAACGACAAAGAAAACUUUCUCGACCCAAGCAGUGUUGCGCAACAAAACUGAGAAACCACCCGAAACACAACAUGAUGAUUUGCAAGCGAUAUUAAAGGAUAAAUCCUUGGGAAUCACUGCUAAGUUUAAAAUUUUGCUCAGACAGUAUGGAGUAGUUAUGGUCAGCGUCCAUCUUGUUACGUCUGUGUUUUGGGCAGGAACAUUUUACUUUGCUGUCAGUAGGGGUCUUGAUGUCAUUCCUUUUCUUGAAAAUAUUGGAUUGUUUGAAUUCCUAGAACGCUGGGGUUUUUCCUACACGGAAAAAAUUAAAAACUCUGGCGCAAGUACCUAUCUGAUGGCUUAUCUACUUUAUGAGUUGGCAAAGCCAGUGAGGUAUCCUGUCACUCUAUUUGGGACAAUGUACGCAGUUCGAUAUUUACGUCGGAUAGGAUUUCUCAAGCCACCCCCAAAAUCAGCAACAGUUGGCCAGCUGGUGGAGACACAGAGCAAGAUUAUGAAACAUAGAAUUGACAGAACCACGACCCGAUACCGUGACCGGUACACAAAAUAUCGAAACUCAAAACGAGCAAGUGAUAAGCGAAAUGGAAGAGUAAAUGAUAAACGAAAUGGAAUACACCAGAAAAAAAGAACUUAACAUGUUUUGUUAAUGGACUUACUACACUACAGAGAGCCUACUUGAGUUCUGCAUAUGCAACUGCAUGUAAUGAAAUUUAACAAAGUUUCUGCUUAAAUCUUAUGCUAAGCUACAAGCUUUAUUAACAUCUGUUUAUUUAGAGCAGUUUUGAAAAUGCAGCAAGCUAAAAAUCAGCGGAUUUAGAACGAGUUUGAGUUAAAAUAAUUUCUAAUUUUUGUAAUAUUAUUUACUUAUAAUGCUUUAUUGUUAUUGUUGCACUGUUAAGAUUAAUUCUGUGCUGCUAAUUUAAAGGCAUUUAAAAGUACUCUACCUAUAUAAAUUUGUUUGUCUUUUUCUUUUAAACAUUCAGCAAAUGUAAUCGCAACUGAUAUAUUUUAAUUUCACUCUAUUAUUUAAAGUUCUUGGCAAUUUGGGCUAAAUGGUUGGUUCCAAAUGAAACACUGUUUUAAUAAUUCAUUUUUAUUUAACUUUUCUGCAGACUAGGUUUAUAAGUUAGUAACAUGUUCAUAUUUUUGCACUAAAAUCAACAAACUAAUCAAGAUGGCUACUGAUGCAUCAAACGGUCCAAACACAGGCCUAUACCCUGCACACUUUGAAAAAGGUGCUCUGAUCCAGUUAGCGAGCGGUCAAAUAAAACAAGUGGAAGAUUUAUGCGUUGAAGAUUUCCAACGAAGCACCGAGUUGACCUCUGACCUCAAGCUUGACGUGAGCACGGUGGCAAAAAUAGACAUCGACGAAACAAGAUCAAUGGCUUUGCUUUGUUUCUUUGUUGGUCAUGAAAAAUUACAAAUCACUGUAGAAGCUCCUGUCGAACAUCCUUUCUUUGUAUAUGGAAAAGGAUGGUGUUCUGUAGCACCAGAGCAAUCCAUACAAAGAUAUAAAUUACCGUGCCGACCGCUAUCAGUAGGUGACAUAUGUGCUUCGUUGACGUCAAAACGAGCUUCAGAUUCACAGCCAACUCCCACUGCUGCGACAUCGCGAAUCGUGGCUAGUUAAACCAUUUUUAUUGUUUUUAAUCACAGCCUUGCUUUAUCACUGUGUAUGUGUGGCUGAGUUUUUGUAUUAAGGUUUUCUUUUAGAUAAUGGUUAUAAUGAAAUUUAUUAUGUUACAUAUUCUUUGUUGUGUCUGUGUGCGCAUUGAGUUGCAUCUAGCAAACAUCCGGGUUCUGCAGUGUCUGGAAUCUGGAUAACCUUAAUUUUUUUCGGUCAUUCUAUUUUGGACACGCUAACGUGCGGAACGUUGUAAACCGCAGCCUAGAUUAAGUUUAAAAAAGACUGUAUUUGUGACAAGAUUGUUAAAACUAUUAUUUUUUUGUGUAACAGUUAAAUUAUACCCAAUGAGUGACCACUGGGUUGGAGCAUCAAACUAGAUAAUGAUUGUUAUGAAUUUGUUUUUGUUUUGUGUCCUGAUCAGAAGUAUUGUGUAUCUUGGUAUUAUAUACAAUUACUUUUAUUGGUUGAUGUUUACUGCUUCAGAAUUAAGUUAUAUUAUAUUGUGUGAAUGAGUAUACACAAAAAUGGAAUAUAAAAAAUCAAAUGUU